AUGUCAGCUAUUGCAACAAAAAUCGAUGAGAAAUAUAAACUCACCUCAAAGAUGGAUAUAUCAGAACUUGGUCAAUAUACUUCAGAGUUUCUCGAGAAUCUUACUGAUGAUAGAAAGCGGAAUCAGGCACGCAGACGUCUUCGGGAUGGCUUUAAAUUUAGCAGUGAACAG